AUGGCUGGUCCAGAAGAUAAGAGAAGGCCUGCCGCGCUCAACCUCGCUGCAGCUCGACCUGGAACAUCCGAAUCAUCAUCCUCAGACGGCUCAUUGAAGCCUCGAACUCCUCGAUUCGCCGAAGCAACUUCAGUUCACUCACCCGUUGACGCUCGAUCACCAUUUGCCGACCCCGACAAGUCUCACGUCGCUCAACCUCAGCCUGCUGACGUUGGUUUUGGCUACAUCGCCCAACGAGAAUCAAUUCCCGUCCCAAUGACUCCCAAAACACCACUGAAGAGCGCCAUGAAGGUGCCGGGAACACCUGCUCAUCUCAAAAAUCCUCUGAGCCCAACCUUUCGAGAAGAGGAUAUCCUUGAGAAGCAGGAACGGUCUACCGAAAAGGAGCAGGCUCGCGAUGUGAAAAUCAAAGCCCGCGUUCGCCUGGCCAAAUUCGCUCUCAGAGGUGUCAGCUUCAGUUGCUCUCUUAUCAUUCUUGCAAUGCUUUCAGCCUCUUUCUCUAUCUUCAACGCUACUCGAGCCCUCCCAAGUCAGAGCAAGAUGCCCCCGUGGGCCAAGAACACUAACCCAUGGCAACAGAAGCUUGUCCUUGCCAUGGCUUGCGUUUCUCUUAUUGCUAGUGUUUUUGUCUUCAUUGCCUACUGCCGAGGUGGCCACCGACGUGCCGAGAAAGUUGGAGCCUACUACACCAUAUUCGCCAUCAGUUGGUUCAUUUUCGCUCUCAUCCUCUGGGUCAUCACUGCUGCUCUCUUCCAGAGCUCAAGGAACAACGGCGACAACAAGGACAUGUGGGGUUGGUCUUGUGUGAACAACCAUCGAGCCGACCUCUUCAGCGACAAAGUUUCGUAUUCACUCGUUUGCCGUCUGCAAAACUGGGCCAUGAUUUGCAUGAUCAUCGAAAUCGUUGUUGGGCUCCUCGCCAUUCUCCUUUACAGCGUCGUCUUCUACCGCUACUACACCAAGCAACGCCUUUUCAAGUCUAUGGACAUGCGAGACCGCGCCCGCUCUGAUCUUUACCUUGCUCAACUUCGCAGCCAGUCUGCUCCCAACACUCCUGGCUUCGGACCCAAGUCUCCCGCUCUCAGCGCUUACGCCAUGUCACCCCGUCACCCUCCCGCCGCCUACCGAAACUUGUCCGACAUCAGCGAGAACCCUAACCCUUUCACGCCUGGUACACAGUUCGCCGAGCCCAAGUCCCAGUUCGUUCCUCAGGACACCGGCUUCAAACUUCAGGCUCCCCCUACCAAGGCACCUUCUGCUACCCCGAAGCUGAACCAGUCAGCUUUCACGCCUACUGAGACUUCAGCCCCGUCGCUUCCCGCUGUUCCUACCGUUCAAGUUUCCGAGCACGGUGCUAUGGACUCUCAAGAGCCAACGUAUGAGGCUGUUCCCAUUCCCGGUGCUUAUACUGGACAGUUCAUCAGGAGCCCGCCACCCGCGCAGACAUCUUUUGGCCAAAGCCACUACUAG